AAACGCAAAACAUCGGCGAUAGCAAUAAACGUCACAAUCACUACCAGCCGUACCAGCAGAACCACGUCAAAGACACAACACAAUCAAAGACAACCGGCAUCAAUCGGCAAAUCGGUCAAGAUAGCACACGUGCUUUCCUCCGAGAAACGAAAGACGUCUGUCUGAUCCCGCGUGCGUCGUGUAGACGAACGACGAAGACGACGACGGCCGCCGAGCUUAACAGUUCGUUUAUCAGUCAAGCACGACCGCGUGUGGCACACGGUUCAUCAUUGUCGGUUGCAUCAAUCAUAUAACACAUAUAUAUCUAACGUUUAACGUAGAAUCGAUCGCAAAGUUCUUCAUUAAAGCAAACGAAGCUGGAAUAUACGUGGAUUUAUUCAACAACCAUAGUCCCUAAAUAUCAUUUCUCUGUUAUUUCGACAACGAGUUUUAUCGAGAUUACGUUCGUCGAUUCGAAAGGUGAUCCAUCCAAAGGUGAUUUUAACGAGCACAUUAGUUUCAUCGUCGUUGAUCGUGAACUAAACACGAUUGACGUCAAAUCAAAAAAGAUCGACACGCUGGCGCUAAUUCACCGAUAUGUAAUUGUUAUAUACUCUAGAUUAAGGCUGACGGAACUGGGCAGAGCUGACGUGAAAUUGUCUCAGGUUGAUCCUGGUAUCCGCGGCUUUGGGAUAAGGAAUUGUCGUAGCACCGUACGUCAGCACCGAAUUCGGCAUGGUCGCUUUGCCGGUCUCGGGGACUGAACCAUCUUUGCUGAACGUGACGAAUAUUCGAUCGAACGGUUCAGAGAACUACAAUGAAAGCAGAAGUGCCGAAAUAAUAAGACAGAGGAUUAUGGACAGAGCUUUCGUUAUUCCACGUGUAACUAUGUCACCGAACAAUGGUAAUGACAAUUACGCUUUAGAGUUCGAUAGGAUCGACAAAUCGGACAAGAAGAAUUUCAAUGUAACAGGUGACGGUAUCAAGGCAGAACCUGUGGUAUUGAAGAAGGUGGCAGCCGGCCUAAAAGUUCCUAAUGGACAAACGAACAAAAAGGAUAUGUCAUUGCCGAAUCUUGGCAGCGGGGGCAGCGGGGGCGGCGGUGGCGGUGGCGGUGGUGGUGGUGGUGUUAAUGGUGGUUCGUUAUCCAGUGGAAGUUCCAUAGUGACCAUCUCUUCCGUUGCAAAUUCAGACCCCGAUCCUGAUUAUCGGAAUGACCCAACCGGCAAUGGAAAUGGAAGACAUCUAAGGACUGAGAAAUGGUACCACACGACCCUACAAAUAUCUGUUCCUUUCUUCAUCGCUGGAAUUGGAACUAUCGGAGCCGGUCUUGUUCUCGAUAUGGUUCAGCACUGGCCAGUAUUCAAAUCGGUCAGCCAACUACUCAUCUUGGUGCCUGCUCUAUUAGGAUUGAAAGGAAAUCUCGACAUGUGUUUAGCAUCACGAUUGAGUACUCAAGCAAACUUAGGAAACAUGCAUACAUUCCGUGAAAUUAUGAAAAUGAUUAUUGGUAACGUCGCGUUGGUACAAAUUCAAGCGAUCGUAGCAGCCAUUUUGGUAGCUAUUUUUGCAAUAAUCGUUGGUGCCAUACAAGAUAGUGUACAUCGAAACGAAGGGAGUGCAGUUAUACCCUUCGAAUGGAAUUAUGCUUUAUUAUUGGCAACAUCAAGCAUUUGCACGGCAACCAGUUCCUGUUUCAUUCUAGAUCUUGUGAUGAUAGCCGUGAUCAUGAUAUCCCACCGAUGCAAAAUGAAUCCCGAUAAUUUAGCAACGCCGUUGGCUGCAUCGGUAGGUGACGUGGUAUCGAUCAGUGUCCUAUCGGCAAUAGCAUCUGCAUUUUUCUUAAAAUUACAAGAACAGAUUUGGGUACUUUACGUCGUCUUAAUCAGCUAUCUUUUAAUUUUACCAUUUUGGAUUUACGUGGUUAUGAAAAAUAAAUACACGAGAAACGUUUUAACAUCUGGCUGGGUACCUGUCUUGUCUGCCCUGUUCAUCAGUGGCCUCGGUGGAUUGAUCCUCAACGAAGUCGUUGAUAAAUUCAAAGGAUUCGUAGUAUUUCAACCUAUCAUAAACGGAAUUGGUGGUAACUUGGUAUCCGUUCAAGCAUCCCGAAUCUCAACGAUGUUACAUCAAACUAGUAUUCUGGGUAUAUUACCUCCACAUGCGAAAAUGUGGGUUGCACCGUGGACGGCUCUUUUUAAAGGAGCACCGUACGCCAAAACUGCAAGGAUAUUAAUUGGAAUGGCGAUUUCCGGUCAAUUGGUAUUCGUAUUUGCGGCAGAUUAUAUCAAAUGUCAGAAGUCAACCGUGGAUGCUUAUUUUGUUCUUUCUUAUAUCGUUGUAUCCACUUUACAAGUAAUGCUAUUGCUCUAUAUAGCACACGUGAUAAUUCAUGCAAUGUGGAGGCACAAGAUAGAUCCAGAUAAUUCUGCAAUCCCCUAUCUAACGGCAUUAGGUGAUCUAACGGGAACAAUGUUUCUAGCGUUAGCUUUCUGGUUCUUAACAUCGAUCCACGAGGAAUAUCGUUCCUGCGAGGAUCUCGAUAAUGUUAAUAACUCAACAUAAAUCGAUUCCAACAUAAAUUUUCUCAUUUAAUUGAGAAGAUUUAAUCUCAAUAUUGAUGUAAUGUAUAUGUUAGGAAAAUUGACAGUUAGAUGAUUUUUCUAAGAAAUUAUAUCAUAUUCUGAUCGAGCCCGAUUCGAAUACACGAAUAUAGUUCGAUAUGUUCAAUUAAGAAAGAAAUUAGAACAUUGAUCUGAACUUUAUUGAAUAGGGCACGGAAUCCUUAAGAAUCAAUAGAAAUUUCUGAUAAAGGAGUACCAGAUCGAUAACUAGAUAGAUAAAUAAAUAGAAAGAUUUUUUUUUUUUUUUUUUUUUUUAAUUAGACUCCUGUCAAUUGCAAUACUCACAAUCAACGAUUACUUACAUACGUCUAAUAUCAAGUUCGUUUGUUCGUGGUUAUACUAAUCUCUUUCUCUACUUAGAAAUUAACGAUAAUAUCUAUUCUACCUAUCGAGAUAUCGCGUAGGUUAGAUAAAAAAACAAAUGAAUUAAAUGUUUUCCAACGAGUAAGAGAACUUUUGAUAACAGUAAAGAAAAACGUAAUAAAUAAAAGAAUAUACAUAUGUAUAUAUGUAAAUUAAUUAAUUAAUUAAUAAUAUAGCUACCUAGUCAAAGGAUAUUUCUUAACGACGAUAAAGAUAUAAUGCGUGAGCUCGAAAAAAAUACAGUUACAAGUCAAAUGGAUUUAUCGCGAAUAAUUAUAAUAUUAUUGUUGUAAACAAAAUCUUGGAUUUAAAAAGAGAAAGAGAGGAAGAGAGACAAAGAGAGAAAGCGAGAGAGAGAGAGAGAGAAAGAGAGAGAUAAGCUCUUCCUGAACUCACAAUGUUUAUAACGAUGUUCAUUAUUAUUAUUAUCAUUAUUAUUAAUAUUAUUAUUGAAAAAAGCAAAGAAAGUGAUAAGGGGCAAAAAGAAUAACUAGUAGGAAAGUAAUAAAAAAAAUAAUAAAGUAAUAAACAAUAACGGUAAAAACAUUGUCACAAUAAAUUGUAAGAACGGAGGAAAAAGAAACGGAAGGGGAGAAAAAGUAUAAAAAAUAAAAAAAAGAUAAUAGAAAAAUAUGAAAUUGUGAAAUUCUAGAUACCAAUCGUUGCACAUGAUCUUCUUAUCUACGAAGAAGAAAACGAGCAUUGAUUAAAUCGCACUGCCUAUUAGUACUGUCACGUCCACGACUAAUUACAUAAUCGCCGUUAUCAAAUGACGUUACGUAACGUUGUAUAUAUUAUCUGACAUAGACAGACGCGAUAAUCCAUUUCUAUGAAACGGAAGGAAAAAGGAGAUGAGAAAAAUAGAAAAAAUAUAAACACACCUAUACGCAUGCUCUGAGAAUACUUAGAAAUUUGUUAAUGAAAAAAAAAAAAAAAGAAAAGAAAAAGAAAAAAUAGAGAUACAAAUAUCCUAUUAAAAAUUCAAACAAAUCUGACCUUCUCUCUUCGUCACGUAAUAGCUUGAGUCAAUUAAAAGAUAAAUAAAAGUAAAAUAAAAUAAAAUAAUAAUAUCGGAGUGUCUUAUGAAACAUGAGUAUUAUUUUAUUAAUAUAAUGAUAUACCUUACGAGUAUUAUUUUAAUUUAAUAAUUUCUAAUCGGACACUUAAUUAUUAUUUUAUUAUUUAAAUAUUUGUCCUAAAAUGCAUGUCCUAAACAAUUGUUAUUUUAAUUUCUUUUUUCUACCUGGCGGAGUAAGAGAUAACGAUCAUAAUGAUCUUGAUUUUUUAAAUGACGAAGA